GAAAAUAUACAAAAUUGCAACAUUUUCUAUUUAACUAAAGCUCCAAUAGGUGGACUGCCAAAAUUUCCUUUUUUUGGCGUUGUCAAAAAAAAUUUUCAUAUGAGUUUGGACAAUAACGUCAUUAAUUUGUUUACAUUUUAUAUUCGAACACUAUUGAAUUCAAACCACAAAAUAAUUCUAAAAAGAUAUAUGUAAGUACAAUAGUAGUCUCCCAAUCUUAAAAGGGAUUUCCCAGAUAUAUUUAAUAUCAUCAUUUCAUUGUAUCAAAGCAUAAUUGGUGAAUAGUUUAGUUUAAUAGUUUAAUUUGCUAAAAAGUAGAAAUGUUAAAGUGGAAAGUACUACUAUUAUUAUAUUUAUUCAAAUUAUGUUGCGGUUUCGAUCCAAUAACGUGGACUGUAGUAGGGGGUCUUGGGGGAUUAAGUGGGUAUGGUUUAUACAAUUUCGAAAAAUUGAAAGAAGUGUCAUAUUGCCAACUUCCUAUGGUAGAAUGUUGUUCACCUAGCUCAAUUCCAGUUAAUUUACCACAAUUAGAAAAAGACUUAAGAAACAAUUUAUACGGUCAGCAUAUACUUAUCGAGCAUUUAAUUCCAGCAUUAAAAAGUCAUUUUCAGGAUGAGGUGAAAAUAAGGAAGCCGCUCGUAAUUAGCUUUCAUGGUACACCUGGUACUGGAAAAAACUUUGUUUCAGAUUUUAUUGCAAAACAUUUAUAUAAAAAAGGAACAAAUAGCAAAUUUGUGCACAAAAUUGGUAAAGUAAAUUUUGCUCUUGAAUCGGACAUCGAUAAAUAUAAAGUAGAACUUGCUGAUAAUAUAACAAAGGCUGUUAAAGAGUGUCCACGGUCCUUGUUUAUAUUUGAUGAAGUAGACAGACUACCUAAAGGUGCUUUUGAAACUUUGACAACAUUUUUGGAUUAUCAUGAUAUUAUCAAUGGAGUUGAUUAUUCUAAAGCGAUGUAUGUUUUUUUAACAAAUACUGCCGGAAAGGAAAUAGGUCAUAGACUUUACGAAUUGAUGAAAUCUGGAAAAGAAAGAAGCUCUACACGAUUACAUGAAUUUGAAGAUAUUUUAGAAGCCGGGGCAUAUACAUUAAAUGGUGGUUUACAAGGUGGAGGCAUAUUAAAAGCACAUUUAAUAGAUCAUUUCUUACCCUUUUUGCCUUUGGAAAAACAACAUGUGAAAGAUUGCAUAAGAGCAGAAUAUUUAAGAUGGAAUGUUAAUCCUAUGGAAAGUUCAAUUAAUUACAUCUUUGAUAGUAAUGUAGUUUAUGAUCCCGAUUAUAAAUUAUAUUCCACCGCUGGAUGCAAACGGCUUGACGCAAAGGUCAGAUUAGAUGUUAAUGCAAAUUAUUUAGCCGAGGAAAAAUAACAUAACUCAAUUCCUAUUAGACCAGCAUUUAAAAAAAUUUUAUAUUUAAAUUUUUCAAAAUCAUACAAUUGGACAAGUCCAAAUAUAAUCUUUAAAACUAAAAAUGAGAUUUUUGUAAAAUUUGAGAUUUUGUAAAUAGUGAGAAAUUUGUUUUGUAAAUCAAACAGGAAAAAAGAUAAUAUUAUUCAU